AUGAACAGGCAUCCGGCCUUUGCCAAUGGAUAUACCGCUGCCCCCAAGCGGGAGAGCGGUACCUUUUCCAUUUCUCCCCAUAGAUUCCAACCUCGCUCGCAGCCUGCCCUUCGCCGCCGCCGGGCGCUGCUGCAGCGGCUCAUCAUCGUAGCCGUCCUGUCGACCGGCCUGCUGCUCUUCCUCUUCCCUUCAUGGCGCCCUUCGCUGCUCGGAGCAGCCUCGCUCGGCCUCUUCGCAGCCUCAGACGACUUCCAGCUCGAGACCGUCCGCUACUACGACCUGUCGAACGUCGAGGGCACGCCCCGGGGCUGGGAGCGCGAGGAGCGGGUGCUGCUGUGCACCCCCUUACGAGACGCCGCGCCGCAUCUGCCCAUGUUCUUCUCGCACCUGCGCAACUUCACCUACCCGCACCACCUCAUCGACCUGGCCUUCCUGGUCUCUGACUCCAAGGACGACACCUCGGGCCUGCUGACGAAGCUGCUGGAGGAGCUGCAGAACGACCCGGACCCGCGGCAGCCGUACGGCGAGAUCUCCGUCAUCGAGAAGGACUUUGGGCAGAAGGUCAACCAGGACGUCGAGAGCAGACACGGCUUUGCGGCCCAGGCGUCGAGACGGAAGCUGAUGGCCCAGGCGAGGAACUGGCUGCUGAGUGCGACUCUGCGGCCGACGCACAGCUGGGUCUACUGGCGAGACGCGGACGUCGAGACUGCUCCCUUUACUAUUCUCGAGGACCUCAUGCGCCAUAACAAGGACGUCAUCGUCCCUAAUGUAUGGAGACCGCUGCCGGACUGGCUGGGUGGAGAGCAGCCGUACGAUCUCAACUCGUGGCAGGAGUCCGAGACGGCCCUCGCACUGGCUGACACGCUUGAUGAAGACGCCGUCAUUGUCGAGGGAUACGCCGAGUACGCCACCUGGAGACCUCACCUGGCCUACCUGCGAGACCCCUUUGGCGACCCGGACAUGGAGAUGGAGAUCGAUGGCGUCGGUGGUGUCAGUAUCCUGGCCAAAGCAAAGGUCUUCCGCGCCGGCGUCCACUUCCCUGCCUUUUCCUUUGAGAAGCACGCCGAAACAGAGGCCUUCGGAAAGAUGUCGAAACGGAUGAAAUUCUCCGUCGUUGGCCUGCCACACUACACGAUCUGGCAUCUGUACGAGCCCAGCGUCGACGACCUGCGCCACAUGAAGGAGAUGGAGCGAGAACGCAAGCAGCGAGAGGCCGAGGAGAAGGAGAAGAAGGAGAAGGCCAAGAAGAUCAAGGAGCAGUUCAAGGACUCCAGCGUCGAGUCGGAGAAGGACAGCGCCGCCGUACAUGAUAUCAUGCAGAAGGACAAGAAUCAGCAGGAACUGAAGGAGAAGGAGAAGAAGCAGGACAAGACCUCGAACUCGAACUCGAACUCGAACUCGAACUCGAAGCAGCAGUCCAACAGGAAAGACAAGAAAGAGGACAAGACAGAGAAGACAGACAGCAGAAAAGAAGCCAAUGAUGAAAGCAAAGAAGGCAGAGAAGCAGGGAGGAAGACGCAGCUUCUACCGCCCAAGGAACAAGAGGACGCAGACACCAAGGAGAAGCCCCGAGACAAGGCCAGAGACGAGUCCAGAGGCGAGAAGAAGGAUGAAUGA